AUGACAGUGGCAAAUAAGACGGGAAGAAGAUGGUGUUUUGUUCUGGUGGGGAUAGCCGAUGGCUACCGGCUGGAGGAGGCUCUUAGAAAAGAAAAAAGAGUAAGAUACGCCACAUGGUACUUAAUUAAAAAAGAAAGAGUGGACGCCCGGGGGUACAUAGAGCUCAGGACGCCUUUGAAACAAACAGGAAUAAGAAAGAUCUUGGGAGACACAAGCAUUGUGUGCUUUGCCAAAAGAGAGAGAGAAGAGAUAAUUAACGAUGUUGAAAAGAACAGGAAUAAACACAACGAGCUGUUCAACUACGGAGAAAGAGAGCUAAACAAAGGAGGAAGGCCAAGAAAAAGGAAACCCGUGAAAGGUGAAAAACCAUCGAAUAGCUUCUUUGUUCUAUCAUCCUGCAUCCUCACUAAAAAGUAG